AUGACCUCCACAUCUCCUCCAUCUACCACCAGCAUCUCUCAGAAAGAAAGAAAACUCAGUACAACUCAAACAACUUUGCUCAAGACUAGUUCUCCGGCAAGGAAGAGGAUGAAGCGGGCAGUGAACCAGCCCAGGAGAACAACUCGGGGACAGGAAAAAGCCACUGAGCCAGACACCUUCGCCUCCCAUUAUGUGAUUGGAGAACAACUGGGCCAAGGAAGCUAUGGGUCUGUCUUCAAGGGAAGUCGCAUUUCUGAUGGCCUACAGGUGGCCAUCAAAUUUGUAUCAAAACAGCCAGCUGAUAGCCGAUAUCUCCGAAGCCCUGUUGAAUCCAGAGCCGUGCCUGUGGAAGUGGCUCUGAUGCAGAUGAUGAACGAGCCACCUGUCUGCAACAACAUCAUCAAGCUCAUCGAGUGGUUUGAUGAGCCAGACCAAUACGUCCUGGUCCUGGAGCGCCCUGACCCUUGUGUGGACGUAAAGAGCUUCCUUGACAACUUAGGAGGCUAUGCUGAUGAAGAGACGGCCCGAAAUAUAAUGCUCCUGGCUGUGGAGGCAGCAAACCAGUGCAGCUUGCGAGGUGUCCUGCAUCGGGACAUUAAACUGGAGAACCUGCUGAUUAACACAGACACCUCAGAGGUCAAGCUGAUCGACUUUGGGUGUGGAGAUAAGAUCAGGAGAACGGGGUACUCUGAAUAUGAAGGCACGUUACAAUACUGCCCUCCUGAAUUUUUUAUGGAGGACAAGUAUCACGCCGAUCCUGCAACAGUUUGGUCGCUUGGUGUCCUGCUGUUCAGGAUGGUAUGUGGACGCUUUCCCUUUGCUGAUGAACUAGACAUUGUUCUAGGGGGUCUGGACUUCGGAGAUGACCUAUCACAAGAAUGCUAUGAUCUGAUUGAAUGGUGCCUGCAGUACAAACCAUCCAGGAGGCCUAGUUUGCAGCAGAUCAGGGAGCAUGAGUGGUUCCACCGUCCAAGCCUAGGAUCAGGUUAUGAAGGUCAGUUAAGAGGAAAUCACAAAAGACAACAGCAACAAAAGAAGACUUCUUCAUGUGACCACAGACAACCGGAUAAAGAACAGCGACAAAUGAUUAAGGACAACAGCAAAGCAAAAAGCAACGGAAGGAAAAAGUGA